AUGCUGAACAUGGGCGGGCCGUCGACGGUGGCCGAGACCCAUGAUUUUCUAAAGAACCUCUUUUUGGACAACGACCUUAUCCCGCUGCCCUUUCAGCGAUUCCUUGCACCCGUGAUAGCUCGCCGACGUGCACCGCAAAUUGAGCAGCAAUACACUGACAUUGGGGGCGGGUCGCCAAUACUGCGGUACACCCGGCUGCAAGGGGAAGGCUUGGCCUGUCUUUUGGAUGAACUGCAUCCGGAAACGGCCCCGCACAAAACUUAUGUCGCAUUCCGGUAUGCCAACCCGCUCACGCAGGAGACGGCACGACAAAUGAAGGCAGACGGUGUCAAGCGGGCUAUUGCGUUCACACAGUACCCUCAAUAUAGCUGCAGCACCACCGGGAGCAGUUUGAACGAAAUUUUCCGGCGUGGCAAAGCAGCAGAGUUUGGGGACGUUGAAUGGAGCGUGAUAGACAGGUGGGGGACGCAUCCAGGCUUUGUGGAGGCAGUGGCGAUAAACAUCGAAGCCGCCUUGGCAAAGUUCCCGGCUGCAACACGGGACAAGACAGUUCUUUUGUUUUCUGCACACUCGCUGCCGAUGUCUGUGGUGAACCGGGGGGACCCGUACAUCAUGGAGGUGUCGGGGACUGUGUCUGCGGUCAUGGAUAGACUGGGGCACUCUAACCCCUACCGUUUGGUAUGGCAGUCCCAAGUUGGACCGUCGGCCUGGAUGGGAAUGCAGACGGGCGACGCACUCAAGGGACUGGCACGUCUGGGUGAGAAGCAAGUGGUACUAGUGCCAAUUGCGUUUACAAGCGACCACAUUGAGACGUUGUACGAGCUCGAUUUGGAGUACGCUAAAGAGGCACGGAAGCACGGGAUCGAAGUGCAGCGCGCUGAAUCUCUCAAUGACUCGCCCGUCUUCAUUCGUGCACUAGCUGACAUUGCAGCGGAACAUCUGCGUCAGUGCGAGCGGGGGCGGACGAGCGUACAGCUGGGGCUACGGUGCCCUGGAUGCAGGAAUGCGACGUGCGGCGAACAAAAAGAGUGGUUCAGGCAGGGGGGACGUUAA